AAUUUUUUCAAAUCAUUAACGCACCCAAGGCGCAGGAGGGACAGACAGAGCUGCGGGGUUUACCGUAGAGAAGACACGACCGCAAAAUAGACACACACACACACUCUCUCUCUCUCUCUAAUAGUCAGCAUGCCCAUAUUGAGGCUGAAGGGAUUCUUUUUAGAGUAAAGAAGUUGAGGGAGAAGAAGAGUUAAUUAGAGACGGUGGUGCAAAGGAGUAAUCAUUCCCAAGGUUCGCCUUUGCCUCCCACGCAAAGAUCAAGACGAUGUCGAGGAGGAACAUAAGGAUGUUGGGAGAGUACCUUUACAGGAAGAAUCUGGAAGGAAAAGAGCGUUUGCUUUAUGAGAAGAAACGCAAAAUCAAAGAUGCUCUUGAAGAGGGAAAGCCAAUCCCAACUGAACUCAGAAACGAAGAAGCAGCUCUUCGUCAACAAAUCGACCUAGAUGAUGAACACACUGCUGCGCCUAUGUCUACUAUUGACUGUGAAUAUGCUCGUGCUGCUGAAAAGGAUCCCAAAAUUUUGAUUACCACUUCACUCAACCCAAGUGAUCCUCUCACUCGGUUUGCAAAGGAAUUGAAGAUCGUAUUCCCUAAUGCAAUACGAAUGAAUCGCGGCAGUCAGUUUGGGAAUACCGGAAAUUAUUGAAACUUGCCGUAUUCAUGAUUUUACGGAUGUUGUUGUAGUUCACGAGUUUAGAGGAGUGCCUGAUGGGAUUAUCAUCAGCCAUUUACCUUUCGGUCCAACAGCCCACUUUAGAUUACUCAGCGUGGUAACAAGACAUGAUAUUAAGGACAAAAAGGCUAUGGGAACAAUGCCUCAGGCUUACCCUCAUUUGAUAUUUAACAACUUCUCUACUAAGCUUGGUGAAAGAACUGUAAGUAUUCUAAAGCAUCUGUUUCCAGUCCCAAAGCUUGGCACGGAACGUAUUAUCGCAUUUGAUAACAAUUCAGAUUUUAUCUCAUUCAGGUACAAACUAGUACCACACUGGAGGAGCAAGAGAAAUUGAAUCAAACUAAAAUGGUUCAAUCCAAUCCAUUAGCAUGAGACCCUUUGGGAGAUGUCCAAAAACAAAUCUGUGAUGGUUAAGUCCAACCCAUUAGUAUGCUUCGUGUCGUUAUUGGGUACUGAACUAUGCCAGAAAAAUUGCAGGCACUAUACCUAUAAGAAAUGUGGAGGUCCCAAACCAGUUGAUCUGAAAGAGAUUGGCCCUCGAUUUGAACUCCAGCUUCAUAAGAUUGGGCUAGGAACUUUGGAUCAAGAUGGAGCUCAAACUGAAUGGGUCAUGAGACCAUAUAUGAACACCUCCAAAAAAAGGAAGCUUCUUGGGCAGUGACAGUCUGUUCCAUUCUUCUCAUGUUUUGCUGGUAAAGAGAGCAGAAAUGUGGUUCCUGCAAGAGGUAAAAUAUGGAAUGCUUUUGUGGGGAGGAGGGAGUACUAAGGAUGCUUCUAUAUAUGGG